AUGAAGUCUUUGUGGGGUUUGAGCAUGAUGAUGAAGCUCAUGAUAACAGUCUUCACUUGUUUAGUACUCUGUUCGGUGAUGUUGGUAACAUUCUCAGACGUCUUCAGACACCAGCUUCUUGGCGCUACAGUCAAUGUGGAUUUAAAAGAACCUAAGGAUAAACUGUUAGGAGGGCUUUUAACCGCUGACUUUGAUGAGGAUUCUUGCUUGAGUCGGUAUCAGUCUUCCUUGUAUCGCAAGUCAUCUCCAUACAAGCCUUCUGAAUAUCUAGUCUCUAAGCUAAGAAGUUAUGAGAUGGUCCACAAGCGUUGCGGUCCAGGCACACACGCUUACAAGGAAGCAACAAAGAAUCUUCAUGGUCAUGAUGACAACAAGAACUAUGCAAACAAAACCGUUGGUGAAUGCAAAUACAUUGUGUGGGUAGCGGUCUACGGUCUUGGAAACAGAAUGCUAACUCUUGCAUCUGUCUUCCUCUAUGCUCUCUUGACGGAUAGAGUCGUUCUUGUUGAUCAAAGCAAAGACACUAGUGAUCUCUUCUGCGAGCCGUUUCCAGGUACUUCAUGGUUACUUCCUCGUGACUUCCCAUUAACGAGGCAGAUCGAUGGAUACAAUAAAGAAUACCUUCGUUGUUACGGAACAAUGUUGAAUAAUCAUGCCAUUAACUCGACUCUAAUACCACAACAUAUGUAUCUUCACAUUCUACAUGAUUCAAGGGAUGAAGACAAGAUGUUCUUCUGUCCAAAGGAUCAAGCCUUGAUCGAUAAAGUCCCAUGGUUGAUUGUCAAAGCCAAUGUCUACUUUGUUCCAUCUCUAUGGUUUAAUCCAAGUUUCCGGACCGAACUGGUGAAGCUCUUCCCGCAGAAAGAAACCGUCUUCUACCACCUGGCUCGGUAUCUUUUCCACCCGACGAAUCAAGUUUGGGGUAUGGUCACAAGAUCCUACGAUGCUUACUUAUCAAGAGCAGACCAAACACUAGGGAUCCAAGUACGCGUUUUCAGCAGACGAGCUGGAUAUUUCCGGCACGUGAUGGACCAGAUCGUGGCAUGUACACAAAGAGAGAGACUGUUGCCUGAACUGGCUACACCGCUCACUAACGCAUCAAGAAGCAAGAAACUUAACGCUGUUCUUGUCACAUCUCUGUAUCCAGAGUACUCCAAUAACCUAAAGGAUAUGUAUUGGGAAAGACCGACUUCGACAGGAGACGUUGUACAAGUUUAUCAGCCAAGUGGAGAAAGGUUUCAGCAAACAGACAAGAAGCUUCACGACCAGAAGGCCCUUGCUGAGAUGUAUCUUUUGAGUUUGACUGAUAACAUUGUCACAAGCGCAGGGUCUACAUUUGGAUACGUUGCUCAUAGUCUUGGAGGGUUAAAGCCGUGGUUACUCUAUCGGCCAGUGAGAGGCAGAACUCCUGAUCCACCAUGUGUUCGUGCUGUAUCCAUGGAGCCUUGUUACCUUACUUCUCCGAGUCAUGGAUGUGAGACCAGAAAGAGAAUUGACUUGGCGACAAUCUUUCCUUUUGUGAGACAUUGUGAGGAUCUUUGGCAUGAAGGUGUUAAACUAUUUGAUGAUACCAAAGAUGAGUUAUAG